AGUUAAGUUUCACAUUGCGGAACUUAUGAAAAUCUGUUGACAAAGCUUGGAUCUGACAACUUCUUCAUGGUAACAUUUUACCUCCUACCUUGUUGCAGAGGUCUUGAGUCGGCAAAAAUCAGACCAAAAAUUUUCUAGCUAGCUUUGACUUGUCAAUUAAAACUUCCUUGCUGUUAAAAGAAAGACUUUUUAAAGAAGUUUUGUGCUGUUGUUAUUCAAGUUGACUCAAAGGAAUGACGAGUGCUCUAUUAAUGCUUGAGGAGGCAUGACUUUACGUCAACAAGCGCGAUAAGUACGCCAAGAGACAAAAGGCAAGAGGUCGCUCAGACGGAACAUUCGCUUUCAUCUGAAUAUUGAAACAUUCGUUGAAUUACUUUGUGUCUUUUGUGAAUUGCACCCUUUUGUUUGAUACGGAAAAUCUAAACAAUAGCAGAUAAAAUAUAUGUGCAGGGACAAUAAUUUGGGUGAAAAAAAAAGAAAAAAAAUGAAAAUUGAUCAAAACAAAAGUCAUUGAGUGAUUUUGUUUGACCAGACGUGUUUUGAAAUUCAGAAUGUAAAUUAAUACUAGACCAGUAGACAUAGUUUUUUCCAUAGCGUGACAACUUAUUUGAUUUGCAAUUUCACUGAUGACUAAUGUAAAACAUGAUGCCGAUUGCGAUUGGGCUUCCUGUGUCACUCCAGAAACAUUGGGAUACCUGUGGAAUCAAAAUGGUGGUGGUAUAAAUUUGUCAAUCCUGAAAUCUGUCAUGUCCUUUUUACCGGCAUUUCCCUCGGCCCCAUUGCCUCCUCCUCUACCUGAUAUCAAAACAGCAAAUGAACAAAUUCAGAUUUCAGAAAACCCAGAAAGCUCCAAAAUAAAAGGGGUGCUAGAACAAUGCUUGAGAAUUGUUGAGGAUUAUGGGAGCAGUAACAACAGAAACUGGAUCCUUUGUGAUGUAAACUUACAUGCAAAGCUACAAGGAAAUGCACCCAGAUGUGGACUUGUAGCACUUAGUAUGGCUGUUGAAAUGGCUCAGCGUUUGUCAAAACAAACAGCGCAACCUUCAGUGGGCUCACCAACUCUUAUUCCAUACAAUGACUUUGAAUCAGAAAUGAUGGCUUUGUUAAAACUUGCAAAACUAAAGAAGUUUACAAGCAAAGGUGAAAUGUUUUCAGCCAAGAAUUUAGGUGUUUUAGCAAAAGAGUUCUAUGGAUUGGAUGUCAGAAUUACUGACUGUGGUUUGGAUGAUAUUAGCGGGAUAUUUAAUCAUCUAAGUGAGGGAAAUCCAAUACUAGUACCCUAUGAUGCUAGUGCUAAUCAUGCUCCAUGCUUGGAAAAUGGGAAUAAAUCCCAUUGGGCAGUUCUGACAGGAAUUUUCUGCACAUUUGAGGACAAUGAUUUUAACUGGGAACAUCUACAAGAAAAGGCCACUGUAACAAGACUAGAAGUCAAUGGAGGCAAAACCUCAAUUUUUACACUUGAUAAUGCAACUAACAAAUUACCAGAAAAUUGUAUACCUUCUACGUUAUACUUACUGGCCAGGCAGCCCAAAUCAAGACAUGUUGGUGUUUGGUCAUGGAAAGAAUUAAAAGAAAGCAAUGCUAAUUUAGUAGAAUAUUGUCCUAAUAAAGAAAGUUCAAAGGAUUUUGUUUUACCAGAGGGAGGACUCAGAGAAGGUCUUUGUAAAAAGAUACUAUAUUUAAAAAAAAAAUAAGUGAAUGAAUUAUAAAUAAAUUGUU